AUGGCCAUGACAAACAGGAUGACCGCAAAGGCAGCCGCUGGAAGAGCUCUCCUGCUGUUGCUGUUUUCAGUUCUAGUGGCACUAGUUCAAGCCGAGGUUGCCAUUGGGUCUCUGCGUGCUUCAACUACCGGUACUGCUACUGGUGGCAUUGCCAGUAGUUCUUUGCUAGCUAGUAGUGCUAUUAUAGCUAGUAGUGAGAAUGCUAAUCACCGUCAACUGCGUAAAAGCGACGCUCAGAGAGAACGAGAUCGUCAGCGUCAAGAGGAGCAAGAAGCAAAAGCCAAAGAGCUUCUCAAGCAACAAGAAAAUCCAGAAGCCACAGCCGAUGAUAAGGAUGCCAGCAACAAAGACAACAAAGACCAAGAACAAGAUAACAAAGACCAACAGGAUAAAAAUGACCAAAAUGACGUCAAAAAUGAACAAGAAGGGGACAAAAGUGACCAAAAUGGAGAAAAACAGGAAAAAGAUGGAGAAACAUCUAACCCUAACUCCAACAGGCAGGAGGAGUCCAAUGAGUCGACCAACAAUGACAAGGAGAAACCCACGGAACGCACUGCCAAUGGUGAUGACACUACCGGCACGAGCAAGAUGCCAAUUGGGGGCGCCGAUGAGGGUUUUCUACCCUUCAACUUUUCAUCCGUCAACAUGACCGCAUUGACCAAUCUUGUACCGGAUGUCGACUUUAAUGUGACUGCCAUUAGUCUCACUGCUUGUGAGCAGAUUGAAAUGGCCGUCACAUUCCUGACCAGUUUGGAUUUUGACAACAAUUUUCAGCAAAAUUGGACUACCAAAGUCAAACAGGCCAUUGACGCCGCCACGGCCAAAGACGCAAAUUCCAAAGAUGCCGCGGACAAGGCGGAAUCACAACAAGACUCCAACCAGAGAAGAGCCAUGUGGGAUGUCUAUCUCCUGCAAAUCAUUGUCACUCCAAUGUCCUUGGCCAUGGGAUUCUUUGGGUCCAAUCUUCUGCUCCCCACUUGUUGUUUGGCGGCCGCUGGAUUGGGCGUCUUUUUGGUAUUCCAUUUCUUGAAUCAACUCGGACAAUCCAGUUCCAAGUACGCAAUCUUUUUUCAAUUCGAUUGUCAAAUGAAAUUGGCACUGGGAAUUGUUUCCGCGUCCAUUUCUGCCAUGAUGGCCAAUUUCUUUGUACGAUUUGGACUCUUCAGUUUGGGAGCAUUGGCGGCGGGAGGAGGAGCCUAUCUCGUAUUGGAUGCCUUUCCGUUCCUCGAUCCCACGCGAGAAGGCGCCACCGAUCUAAUGAUGUAUUCGUACAACAGCAAUGCCAGUGCGUCCUACAAUGCGGCCGUUUCCACACUCCACCACAAUCAUUCCGGUGCGUCCGAACUCACGGCCUUUGGGUGGGUUGUCACCACCAUGAUGGGAAUGUGGGGAGGAUUGUUCCUGCGAUGGUACGAACAAGCCUCUCUCGAAGUCGUCACGGCUAUUAUGGGAGGAGUCGGAUUCGCGUACUCGCUUCAUACCAUGGUGGUGGUGCAAGGUGGACAACUCGGACGAUCCAUUGUCUUUCUUAUUGCCAACUUUAUGACGUUCUUCGGAUGGCGGUACCAACGACGAAGGCGUCUGUACAGGGAUGAGUACUCACACAAAAAGAAUGAACAGCCACAACAACAACCAUCCUAUGCUCCUGUACCAACCUCUCCACCGUCACAGGCUCCGGCUUCGUGGGAUCAGUUGCAGAAUACAGUGUAUUCCAUGCAGGGACUCUUGCAGCGCAGCAACCAGGUACAACAACCACAAGCACAACCCGCGCCUUCCGCAGAGCAAAUUGUGGAAUUGACACAAUCAUUGCAGUCGUUGAUCCAGCGAAUGAAUGUUCCUGAGAGUAACAAAGAUGGAGCCGCGAAAUCACCGAAGGCAGCAGGUGACGAAAAGCAAAAGUAG